GACUGAUGUGGCCUGCCACCCUACCAUGUAUUUUGUUUGUGAAUUUGACAAGGACAGUGUCUGAGUUCAGUCUGCCUAUAGACUAACGUUCAGUCAGUAUGCCGGGCACAGCAGGGAGAGGUGAUUUGCCACCGACCAAGACAAUAACUGUCUACAGGAACGGAGACGCUUUCUUCCCCGGAAGAAAAAUAGUGGUAAAUUUGCGGCAUUUGACGACCUUUGACCAUCUGUUGACCUUCCUGACCAGACUGAUCGAGGCUCCUUUCGGCGCUGUCAGAAGGCUGUACACUCCCAGAGAGGGCCACAGGGUUCAGCACCUGGACGACCUGAAGCACGGGAGUGUGUAUGUUGCAGCCGGAAAUGAGCAGUUCAAAAGGCUGGACUAUUGUGCGAUAACAAACAAGAAGCCACAGACUAAGAAAAGAGAACAGAUCCGACCUGUUGUUCACAGCAGAAUACUAGUUUCUGCUCGCUGGAAGAGAUCUGUGGAUGAGUCCUGCACAAUAAAUGUCUUGACCAAUGGAGAAAUCUUGGUUCCUCCAGUUCGAAUACGGAUCCCAAAGCAUACUCUCAGAAGCUGGGAAAAUGUUUUAGCCAUGGUGACAGAGAAAGUGCGACUGCGCACUGGUGCUGUGUUCAGGCUUUGCACGUUAGAUGGACGUCCUCUCUCCGGCCCCAGUGAACUGGAGAACAACCAGUACUACAUCGCAGUUGGUGCAGACAAGUUUAAAGAUCUCCCAUAUGAUCGCUGCAGGCCCUACAGGGAUUUAAUUAGGGAAAACAACAUCAUCAAAGGGUAUGACACCUGUGAUUUCAACCAAGACAUCCUGCCUGCUAUUAGAAAGACAAGACAUCCAAAGGAUGCAUUUGCUCACACAGGCUUUAGAGAGGACCUUGAGCACACAGCCAGGGGCCAGAUGAAGAAACAAGCCAAACCGGAGAGAACCAAACAACAGAGGCAGGUGUCCAGAAACCCAGUUCUCUUCUCGACAGGGGAGGGCAGCGUGUUCAAUGCGCAAAACAAAAGGAGUGAGAUGGCAGGAGCGGCGGAGGUGCAGGAAGACGGCCAGUUGAAGGUGGACCUGCCUAUUGAUCAGGUCGAGGCCAAGAUAGUUGACGAGGAGUACGAGGAUGGGAGUUGUUCUGCGAGUCCCUGCAAGGCCUCCCUCCAUGAUUCAGACAGUUUGUGUCUGCAGAGGUCUUUGUCUGCAGGUUCCAGGAAGGAUUUGACUCUCCUCACUGUAGAGCUCAUUAGUGAACCAUCUAAUCUCAUUAGACGACGCCGGGCUAAGGUGGCACGGCGACAAAGUAAGUAACCACACUCACUCUCUCUCUCUCUCUCUCUCUCUCUCUCUCUCUCUGUCUCUCUCUGUCCCUCUUUGGUUUGGACCAGGAGCAGAAACAGGUGUGGAAGCGGGCGUGCAAGUCUGGGACAGGCAGAGUCCUCCCUAACCCUUUCUCCUCUAAUUGCCGCAGAUGCCAGUAUGCUCUCGCUUCUGCCUUUCAUAACAGUUGGUGUUUGGCAAAGAGGCUUUUAUGUUUGUUUUAGCUGAUGCUUUGCUACUUAUUGUGUCUCUGUCAAAGGAAUACUUUUGCAUCCUUAGUUGAAUUGAAACGCACACGUCCUCCCCCCGUGGACGUGCAUGCCAACUGCUCCGAGACACAUUACAGUAACACAGCCACUUUUGAAACUUCUCGCAACAAUCUGAUGUUGAUUUACUGUCUUUCUGGAACUAUUUACAAGGAACUUCUGCACAUAGAGGAAGAGACGGAGGCGCUGCAGCACAGCUGUGGGGAUUAAACAAUGUGUGAGCUCCUUAGGCCUUAAGCAUAUAGGGCUAGUUGCUUCCAUGUUGACAACAAAGAUAAUCAUUUUUUUGCUUGCUUUAACAUGUUAGUCUUGCAAGUUUGCCAUGUUAUGAAGCAAGUCUUAAAUCAUUCAUGUAAUUUUCUCUUGCAUUACACUUCUGGAGUCUAAUCUCACUGCAACAAUGAGCUGGUUUUCCUGAUGCACCUUAGUGAUAUUUCUCACUCCCCACCUCCGAUAACCUCGUCUCCAAACUUAGGAUUUACUCCUCUGUCUGCACAUUUUCUCCGCCAGGCUCAUAUUCCAGAUCAUGUGGAGCCGUAUUUAUUGUCGCAGCUUAUUUAAAUAAUCACCGGCAUGUCAGCGCACAUUAUGGCCCUCUGUCAAGGUAAUAACACAUUGUCAUUGCUGUUGGGAAGCAAAUAUUAAACCAUAGAUCAACGUUUAACAAUGCAUAAUGGACUGGAUCUGCAUGUUUCCGUUUCCAUUUCAGUUGGCCCUCGGCUAUAUUAGAAUAAUUUAAUGCUCCAAAUAAUAUGAAAAAGCUGUUGUUAUUGCUUUUUUGAUAAAUAGUUAAGGGAAUCAGUGUUACAUGUAUUAUAGAAUAUGAGGCUGUUUGCAUGUGACACUUGUUUGACUGUGAUGUUAGUGAGCUGCGCCUUUGUAGGAACAGCAAAGCAAGAGCACAUAUAUAUAAAAAACUAUAUAUGUAUCAUUCUCUUUGAUUUAUAUAUAUAUGCCUGUGCUGCAUAUUUAAAAUGACACAGUAAGGUGUUAGUAGUUUUAACUGUUUGUUCUACUGAGUCCAUAAUAUGGUGUUUUUUGGUAAUGUGAUAUUCUGGGCAUUGUGGCAAAUGCAGCACCAAAUUCCCAGGAUAUCUAAUGUUAUUAUUCUAUAUGUAACAUUUGUGCAGCUAGUCCUGAACUUUGUCUGUCUGCUGUUUGGUGCUUAGCAGGUAGUGAAGCCUGCUACCUCACAAUGUGAUGCUAUAAAAAUGGUUUGAGUGAAGCAGUGAAGUGUCUGACUGUCUACGUCCAGGUACGUGGAAAUACGUAAAAUGCUAAAGGAUGGCUUUCUUGGUCAGUGUCUGACGCAGUCCGUCGUUGCCCAAGUGCCAGAUUUCGACGACUUUGGAGUGAGACCAGGUGGGACCAAAAGGCUGAAACUCAUCAAAAGGAUACUUUCAACCAGCUUGUAUUAUGACAAUUUGGGCAUCAUGUGUAAACUUCCCUCUAUCUUGCCAGCACACACAUCUCCCCAUUCCUCUUUCAGCGGCUUAUCUCCCAGCUGGCAGCCAUAUUGUUUCCUGUGUCGCAUUGCAUUACCCAGCCGACGGAGCUUAUUAGUCUAGUGCAUCGCAAUGCAUUCUGGUAGUUGGAGAUUUUCUACUAAACAAUGCCACAACCCUUUUUCUCUGUUUUCUCUGGUCAUGUUGCACUCGUUUCAAAAGUAUUUGUGUCAUUCUGCUGCAUGGACAUCGCAGAUUUAUGAGAAGACCAUCUUUUCUCGCUCCGAAGUCGGCGAAAUCCGGCACUUGGGCAGUGUCUUGCAGCAUCCAAAACUGUGUUCAUGUCCUGUAAGAUUAUAAAGCCAAAGCCUUUCCUUUUUUUCUAAACCAAACCAUGUGCCUUAGGGAAAAAAAGUCAAAGAAGACAGGCAGAACUUGACACAUCAUCCCGUGGAAAGUCCAUGACCAGAUGUCGAUAUGUGACGAGGUCAGAGUGAGAAUGAGUUGGCAGAGUUGGGUUGCAGUUCUCUGUGUAUUCCUACGAGUGACCCCUUUCACAAACAAGUAGUUUUUUUUUUGCAUGUCUAUUUAUUGUUUUUAUACCUGGUGUUUCUCCACAGCUACAGAUAAAGAUCAGGCUACAGGAAUAUUAUGAGUAUAAUUUGUAGAAUAAGAUUCCAAUCGCUGCUGCAUAGGAUUAUUUCUUACUUGUGUGAUCCAAACAUUUCCACUGUGAAGUCCAAAAGUCAAACUGUAUUGAAAAAUGUUAGAUGUAAUCAUUUCCAAAAUUCACGACAUGUUUUUAUCUAACAAAAUAUUUUUGCCUCAGUCCGUAUUUGUUGGCGUUUCACCUGUCAAAAACAUUUUCGGUGCAGUCAAAAACAGUUUGCUCUCCUGCUUGCCACACAAACAGGUGGUCUACCAGCAAACUAACAGCACCAUAAAUUACAUUUAUUUAUGAAAGAAACUGAUUUGAUAAUAAAAGACCAACUCAUUUAAUCCAAUAAAUAAUUUUAUUGAAGUACUUUUUAAGGGUGACGGACAAUAAAAGCUUCAUUUGAAAACCUCAACAGAAGCUUUGACUAUAAAAAAGAAGUAGGUAAGUUGGGUAACUUCAGGGUGAGUGGGACAGUUUUCGGUUUUCUGCAUUGUAUGAGACUUCUGGCUAUGGAUUUCAAAAAAUAACCCAACAUAUGAUACAUUUCUGUAAUGCUGAAGAUGUUACCUAUCCAUUUGAGGAGGAAAGAAGAUCUGAUUAUGUUCCAUGGAUGCAUAGCAUACCCUUUUUUGUGAACUGACUAAAAUUCGUUUUUGUGUGUGAGAUUUGGGUGAGUGGGACAACACAUUUGUUUAACUUUUUGUUCUCUCCCUGUACUUUUCUUCUUGCCUUCUCAUUCGCUCUCUGCCUCUCUGGUGCCAUUCUUUCUGCAGUGGAUUAAUCAGGAUUAGUUUGGAAAGAAAUCAAGUCUAAACUUUGUAUAGGUUGACACUUGAUGAACAAAUGUUCCCUACUGUUGUUACUUUGAAAAGCCUUUACGUCUGCAUCUAGUACACAUAUUAUCUGAUAACUGUGUUGCAUUGUAUUGGCAGGGGUGUGUGUAUAUGUGUGUGUGUGUCUGUGUGUUUGUGUGUGCAUGCGUGCAGUUUGUAUUGGCUGGUGUGUGUGUGUGUGUGUUCCUCUAUAUAUCCUAUCAUCAACAAUAGGCUUGAAGAGUUGGGGACAAUCUGCAAAUUAGAUCCUGAGAAAUAAUCUGUUAUCAUGCAUCCCUAGUAGGCUGGGUACACUUGCUGUUUAUGCUAGCUGUUUUGCUUGCUAGGUAGUUGGGCUAGCAGUAAAAUUGAGGUGCUCCAUCAACAAUUGUGUGGUAGAUUUUGGGUCUGCACACAAGAAGGUUAGGAACUAUUAAUGUGGAACAUAUAUAAUGAUUCCCUAUGGCAGGAUUGAUCAUUUUUAUUCAUUAAGAGUGCCUUUUGGUGCUGUCCCACUCACCCAAAACCAUGCUGACAAAAUAAAAAUAGCCUAAUUCCAUAAAUGUAAACAUAAUCUCAACAUUUUUUUCUGAUUUUAUUGUAGAAGUGCAUCAAAUUCAUGUUUCCAGCAAAUAUUUCUGCAAUAUCUUGGCGAAAACAUUUUUAUAACCUUAUGAUCAUAACAAUCAAAAUCUUAUGCCAUUUUCCUCACCUUGGGUUAUGCAGGGUCAACUUCCUGAUUGAUGUUGGCCCCGCUCCCACAUGUGACAUCACACCAAUGAAUGUAAGCAACUCUGAUAAUGUGGUUUCACAGCAAGGCUCAGCAAAAAAAAGUUUUUAUUUUCAAUGUCCAGGGGAGAAAAUACAGCCAGUUUACUUAUACUGUCCCACCCAACCUGAUGUCCCACUCACCCUGAAUUAACCCCAACAAGUAGUCAUGUGAUCCAUUGCUAAUAUUAGAAUAUUAGAUACGCUUUCUUCAAACUCGCCAUUCACUUGGAGAAAGCCUGGGGAAGAGGAAACGUGACACCUGACAAACCUUCAGUUUGUGAGGGGUCGUCAUUGCUUUGUUUGGUGGGAAAACUAUACUGUGUAAAUGUAAAAAUUCAUGUAAAUCACAGAGAGAUGUCUGGAUUUUUGUUGUUUGAAUUACAGCGGGGUCUUGUGAGCCCAUGUGGGUUGGACCAAACGAACUAACUAACUUUAGCCAUUCCAGGUGCACAUGUACACACACACACACACACACACACACACACACACACACACACUUCCUUAUCAGUGAUUCUUCUCGGGGUUCAAUGAACCAUCAGCUGGAAAAUCUCCCCGGCUGAUCCUGAGUCAGUGUGUGUUGGGUGCCAGGCCUGCAGCGUUUGCCCCCGGGGAUUCCUUCUUGGAUCAGCUGUUGCUAGCUGAGCCAGCGGCUAACAGAGCCCCGGGGAGCUCCAGGUGGGCCUGAUUAGCUCUCCAUGGAAGACAGGGGUCAAGGGAAGGCAGCUCGGGUUACCUUCACAGAGGUGGAGAGGAACAGAGGAAGGGGAGGGAGAGGCGGAAAGCAGUGUGUGGCGGACAGGCAAUGAGUGGUUGCGGAGCACUGAGUGGGGAAUUAGACACAUGUCGGGCCGAGGUCUCAAUUUUCCUGCAAUCAGCACGACACCUGGCCUCGUCUUAAUUGGUCAGGCUACCUCACCUAAUCCAUCGCCCGUCCUCCUCAGUGUCUGGAGCCCUCUAAGCUCCAUUCGGCACUGAGGCGAAUGGACAAAAGCCAGGGAUGAGAAAGGGGCCUCUCUUUGAGACCUAAUCCAAUUAGAUAACUGUUAGAAAACCGUGAGUGGAGUUUCAUGUCCCUUAAAAGUAGACACGAACUCUGGCAACCUCUGUGACCUCGGAGAAUGCCAUCUUGUUAAGAGUCGCAGCAGGAACUCCUAUCCCCCUCUCUUGAUCUCUCUGACCAGAGGGUGUGUGUUUUGUGUGUGUGUGGGUCUUAGAAAUAGACAGAGAGAGGGAUAAACGGUCCCGACUCAUAUAGCAGCUAGUCUACAUCUCAUCCAAGUCUAAAAUAAAUCAGUGUCUGAAGGGGCUCUCCUGAUAGUUGUGCAAUGGUGCCUCUGUUUGUUUUUAGUUUAAACUUAAUUAACUCUUUAAUACUCUUAUGUAAACAAAACAAAAUAAAACAAAACAACGCAAGAGCCACUCUAGCAUAUAAAAGUACAGAAACUGCACUACAGGGACCCAUCUGAUUUAUUCAUAUUUACAGAAUCAUGAUAGCCUUAGGUGAUAUCUUUGCCAGUAAAUACAUGAAUAUGUAUCGCUGCUUUUUGAGACAUGCUAUGACUUACAUAUUUCCCUCGCACCGCCCAUUUGUAUUCAUACAAAAAGGUUUCAGGCGCCGCAUUAAAAGCCCGGCGUUCUCCCACUUUUGAAACACAUCUAAGUAUCGUAAACUUGUGAUGUGCCCUGCCAGAGUGGCGUGGCCUUGGAGCCUGCCCCUAAAUGUUUGCUGAAGGGGGGCACCGGCUGGCCCUCGUAAUACCCCAUAAUGUCCCUGCAUAGUGAUCAAACAAUGAAAUUUAAUCAGUGGCCUCCAGUCUACUUCCCAUAAAAAUGUGUUCUCUAAUAUAAAGUUCAUUUCUAUGAAUAUUAAAGCAGCAUAUCAUCUGUUGAAUAUUUCAUUUGAUCUCCACCUUUAAUAAUGCAAAAUGAGGAAUAGAACAUUCACCCCCUUUUUCCUAUAGAUGAUGACUUUGUCCACUUUUGUAUAUAUCACAUAUUACAUUACAAGCCGUAGUGUCUUUAAUAUAUAGGUGUAGUUAAAAAUGGUAGUGGAUAUUAUGCCACAGCUUAAGGCGUUUUGGCUGUCAUUGAAAUACAGAGCAUCAGAAUGAUGAAGGUUUAAGUAAAUGUCUAAAGUGAAGCAUUGCUUGACACCUGCUCACUUUGAAUGAACUUUGAAUCAGCCACAGUAGGUAACUUGACAGUGCCGGACAUGGAACAUUCUGUGCCCUGGGCAAGCUUCCAUUGGUGCCACCCCCCCCAACAAAUGUUUUUUUAUAUUUAUUGUAUUUAUUCAUAAACACAAACAACAACUAAUUACAAACAACACAAAUAAAAAUUAAGCUAACAGAAAAUUAUAAUAAAUAUUGAACAACAAAAGAAUACGAUGUGUGCAAAUUUGGAUGGCUUUUACCUUUUCAUUUUUUCUUAUGCUAAUGCUCGUCACUCAACCAUAAAGGCCAAUUCCCAGUUUGUCUGCAAGGGCCCAUUUUUUUACCGUGUAAUGUAAAUCUCGUGCCGGCACAGUAAUGCAGUGGUUAACAUUGUCGCCUCACAGCUCGGUUCAAACUCCAGGGUGGGGGAGCCCUUCUGUGCGAAGUUUGCAUGUUGUUCCCAUGUCAGCGAAGGUUUUAUCUGGGUACUCCGGUUUCCUCCCUCAAGUCACAGACAUGCAGGUUAACUGGUGACUCUAAAUUGUCCAUAGGUGUGAAUGUGAGCAUGAAUGGUUGUCUGUCUCUAUGUGUCAGCCCUGUGAUAGUCUGGCGACCUGUCCAGGGUGCCCCACCUCUCACCCAAUGCCAGCUGGGACGUUUUGGUCAUGGACUUUCCGCAUCCACAUAUGACGUGAAAGGUACCCUGGGUGUGUUGGUUGGUGACGCUCUGGGAUGCCUUGUCAAGUUCUCUAUUAGGAUACACUUCUAUUUUUACAGGAAAGUUAACAUUUACAUACAGUAAAAACACGUGGUUAGGUUUAGGCAGCAAAACACGGUUAGGUUUAGGCAACGAAAGGAAGUGGUGAAGUUUAGGAAAACAGAACAGGGCUUGGCUUUAGAAUCUUAUGGGACGUGAACACUGCUAUCUCGGAUGAAGGUCGGUGUUUGUUUUACCUAUCCAGCCAACCCUCCCACCCGUUCUGCUUGGACUUUCGCUGCCUUAACUUUUAUCCUUGUCCUGCUGCAUUUCCCCCUGAUGCUGCCGGGCGCCGUUAAACUAAAAUGGCAACCAGCCGCAUAUCAUGGCGAUGUUAAAGGAUGCCUCCUAUUCUUUAGAUUCUGAUGUCGCAAGUCACUGCUCCAAGCGUUGGAUUUUGACGACUUCGCAGUGAGACUGUGCUUGUACUACGUUGCACAGGCAGAUAUUUCCCUUUGUUUUUUUUUUUAUUCCAUUGCUUUAUAUAAAUAUAUAUAUGUAUCUCCUGUAAUUUCAGUAACUUGGUGGGGUGGGGGGUGAGGGGUGUUGCCCCCCCAUGAGUUGGUCACCCAUGUCACCAAUAAGAAGAUCUGCCUCUGUGGCUGGAGACAGGAAGAAGAAGUCAAGCAGCAGAAUCUUUGCAGAUACU